CGAACCUUACCUAAGAGUUGACCUAGCAGCCUAGCUGCCUAGGUACAUUAAACGCCCCGCGAUUCGCCGCCGUGUUUCCUCACGUCCACCUUUCCACCUUCGCACCUAAACCUCAUCGAUCCAUCCAUCUCAUCCCGUCCGACCCUCCAUCGCGUCCAUCAACGCCAGCCUCGAGUAGAUCAUUACUCCUUUCUCUCUCAUUUGUGCAUCAAGCCGUUCAUCGCAAAAAUCUCAACACCUAGAGAUAUAAUUCCCCCAAGUCUCACCCAUCCGCGACCAGCGAUUCGCACCGCCGAAAAUGGCCGCCAACACCAAAUACCAGCCCGCGCCGACACAGGACCCCGACGAGGGCACCUGGUCGCAAGCGCCGCCCUCCUACCAAGCCACGCCGGGCGCACCCACAACACACACACCCUCGUCCCCACUCUUCGAAGCCGCGUCGCGUAGCAGCGACGACAACAUCCCGGAUGACUUCAAAUUCGGGGGAUCCGUCGCCGAGGCAACCAUCGAGAUCCGAAACCAGUUCAUCCGGAAGGUGUACACGAUCCUAACGGCCCAACUCAUCGCGACGGCCGCGGUAAGCGGCCUGAGUUUCUGGAGCACGGGGUACAAGACAUGGAUCCAGUCGCACCCGGCUUUAGUCUGGGCGUCGCUAGCAGGCUCGAUCGUGUUCCUGCUGCUGACGUACUGGAAGCGGAAGUCGUACCCGACGAACCUGCUCUUCCUAUCCGCCUUCACGCUGAUGGAAGCCUACAGCGUCAGCGUGAUCGUGUCCUUCUACGAAACCUCGAUCGUGCUAAAUGCCGCGAUCCUUACGGGUGGAAUCUUCGUCUUCCUCACUUUAUUCGCCUGCCAGACCAAGUACGACUUCACAUCAUGGAUGCCGUAUCUCUUCGGUGCUCUCUGGGGUCUCCUGCUCUUCGGCUUCAUGGCCGCCUUCAUGCCGUACAGCAGCACCGGGGAGCUAAUCUACGGCGGUCUAGCGGCUCUUAUCUUCUCCGGCUACAUCCUAGUCGACACCCAGCUCGUCAUGCGCAAGCACCACGUUGAGGAGGAGAUCGCCGCCGCCAUCAGCCUGUACCUCGACAUCCUGAAUCUGUUCCUCGCCAUCCUGCGCAUCCUAAACAGCCAAAGUAACAACUAAGCUGUUAUCAGAAUCUAGAUAUAGGAUAGGGAGAUUAGGGUCAGGCAAGGGAAAAUGAGACUUCGACUACGGACUAUGGAUUGUCUUCGAUGGGAGGGACCGAGUAGUCCUUUAUAUGGAAAUUGACGUUUCGAUUUGUCUUCGCUAGACUCUCGUUCUUUUCCUUUCAGUGAUUGUACAGGUUAGGGAAACGGCGUUGUAGGAAGCAACCUGAGCUUAAUAUCAGAAGUGUUGCUUAUAAGAGUUGUUAAGAUCUUGGUAGCUAGCAUACUUAAUUUAGUUUGAUGCUUGGAAUUAUGAGCGUAUUCAUACUAGGCAA